GUAUUAUUAAAUGAUGCUAAUGAAAUUAAAAGUAAUUCUGUUAAAAAACUUAUUAAAAGUUCAUCAUUUUUUAUAAAUGUUGACAAAUUAGUUCAAGUUUUAAAACCAGUUAAAAUAGCAAUAAUUCUUCUUGAAAGUGCAAGUGUAAAUCUUGUAGAUUGUUUUCUUCAGCUAAUUUUAUUAGCUAAUGCUAUUAAAAAGUUACCUAUUCAAGAAAUAUAG